AACAAAAAUAUUCCUGCAAAUAACUUUUGUCAACUGUGUACACCUUAUAACACCCACCAUUUUCCAUUGUUUGAUCAUUUAAUAUUGUUGACUGCCAUUUGUGAGUGUGUUUUGGGGACAAAGAUGGCGGAUACACCACAGAGAACCAUCAUAUACUGGUUGUUUAUAGUUGCGGUCCUGACCGGAACAGCACAUGGUCAGCUGAUCGAGAAUUUUUAUGCUUCAACAUGUCCUAUGGUUGAAGCCAUCGUGAAACAAACGGUUAACACUAAGGUUAGCCAGACAUUUACGACGAUUCCAGCCACCCUUCGUCUGUUUUUUCAUGAUUGUUUCGUUGAGGGGUGUGAUGCUUCGGUGAUUAUAGCGUCACCAAAUGGGGAUGCGGAAAAGGACUCUUCGGAUAAUUUGUCGCUCGCGGGGGAUGGGUUUGAUACUGUUAUUAAAGCUAAACAGGCGGUUGAGGCGGUUUGUCCUGGUGUUGUUUCGUGUGCUGAUGUUUUAGCCAUUGCUGCCCGUGAUGUUGUGGUCGCGGCUGGGGGGCCUUUGUUCAACGUCCAAUUAGGCAGGCGAGACGGGCUCAUUUCAAAGGCUUCACGGGUCGAAGGUAACCUUCCGUUACCCACAUUCAACGUCAACCAACUUAACACCAUGUUCGCCAGGCACAACCUCACACAGCUCGACAUGAUCGCCCUCUCCGGAGCCCACACGCUCGGUUUUUCCCACUGCAACCGUUUCGCUAACCGUCUAUACUCAUUUUCGUCAUCCUCCAAGGUUGACCCGUCACUGGACCCAACCUACGCUCAGCAACUUAUGGCUUCUUGCCCUCAAAAUGUGGCCCCCGAUAUCGCCAUAAACAUGGAUCCUGUAACCGCGCAAACCUUUGACAAUGUUUAUUACCAAAACCUAGUUGCCGGCAAGGGUUUGUUUACAUCGGAUCAAGUUCUGUUCACCAACCCGUCGACUCAGUCAACGGUUAAUGACUUUGCCAACAACCCAGGGGACUUUAACGGCGCGUUUAUAACCGCCAUGAGGAAGCUCGGUCAGACAGGUGUCAAAACCGGCAACCAAGGAGAGAUAAGAAGGGAUUGCACAGCUUUUAACUAAUAAUGUAGGGUUGUGCUAAACGUACUCAUUAUUUUUACUGCAUGUAUUUUUUUCAACUUAUAAUCAAUACGGGUACGUUUAGCAUACAAGGCCCAUACUGCAUCAGAGCAAAUAAAUAAUGAUUAUAUGUAAUAUUUUUUUCACACAGAUUGUUACAUAUUUUAAUAAGAUUACAAUAAAACUGCAUACCAAAA